CUCACCGGAGACGAAGACGAAGGAAAACUCAAACCCCGAAGAAAAACCGACACCCCAUUACGCAAAAAUGUCUAGGAACUUAAGACCUCCACAACUGAUAGUUCCAGUAGAGGAACAUUUUACGGGACGUAUCACUUGGCGCGGCAGUUGGUACUUUCCAAAGAUUAAAGCAAAAGUUAUACAGUGUGGUUUAUUGGAUAGGGUGAAGGAAUCCCCUUUCAAACAGUUCUUCAUGGCAGAACCAUUAAAUUUUUCUGGUGCCUUAGUCCAUCAGCUGUUGUUGCACAAAUUCAGAGGGGAGAAGACUGACGAAGUCCAGUUUUAUAUUGGGAAAAAACGAUGUAGAUUUAGCCAAUUGGAGUUCGCUUUAGUUACUGGUUUAAAUUUCGAGGCCGGACUGUCUGAAGCUGAGAUUAAAGCGAAGACCACUUCAGAUCGGUUGAUUCUUGAGUACUUCAAUGGUCAUUCCCCAGUGAGCAUAGGGCAACUGCGCAGAACUUUUGAGAGUUGUCAAAUAGUUGAUGAUGUGUACAAGAUGGGUUUGUGUUUAUUAGUAGAGGGUGUUUUGAAAGGUCGUGAGGAGAAGUUGAUGGUUUGGACUGACAUGCUGAAGAUGGUAGAUGACGUUGUCUUCUUUUUCCAGUACCCGUGGGGGAAGAUAUCAUACCAGAAGUUGUUACAAACUUGUCAAAAAGACUUUGUAGAAAUGAAGAAGCAUUUACAGAAGAAGAUUGAGAAAGGAAAGACUCAGAAGGAGGCCAAGUACUCUAUUUAUGGGUAUGCUGCAGCAUUACAGUAUUGGGCUUUUGAGUCCAUCAUUGAGUUGGGUCAGGAUUAUGCUGUGAGAUUGGGCCAAGGCAUUCCAAGAAUGAUCAACUGGCAGAGCAAGGAGAAAGUAGAGAUACACAAAGAGCAACUUAUUAAGUUGUUUGCCAAAAAGUUGACAGUAUACCCCUACCUGUGUGCCCGACCUGCUGAAGAACAGUAUGUGAGGACCCUUACAGACAAUAAAGCCCCAUUGUAUGUGGACAUGGGGUUAGAGGAACUAGAGGUGGGUGCCGAUGGACAGCCUACACAGGAAGCCUUACAGAGCCAGGCUGAAAAGCUUGCUGAAAAGUUAGCGAAGCAAGCAGAAGCAGCAAAUAUUUUUAAGGAGGUUCCACCACCUCCAGCACCUGAGGCACCUGAGGUUCCCCCAUCAGCACCUCAUGCCAGCACCUCCUCCCAAGCUGAGCAACCAGGCUACUCUAUGAUUUUGGCCAGGUUGGAAAAGGUUGAAGGGCAACAAAGUGCCCUUAUUAAAGGUCAGUCCGAGAUCUUGGGUCAAUUGCAGAAGCUGAUGACAAUGAUGGAAGAUCUUAGUAGGCCAGCUCGAGAUCCACACCCUCAGUCCACUAAAGAAGACCCUCAGUCUCCUGUAGAUGAAGACAUUCUCCCUAACGAUUACAGACUUGAUGAUGUAGAUGAUCACAUUUUUCGCACACCAGAGGAUAUGCAAAUUACUGUAAUCGGAGAUACUAAAGAUUCUGAGGUACAAUUCUUAGACAUAGCUCCACCAGCACCGGAGAAGAGGAGAGAAAGAAAGAGGCCUAGGUGGUUCGAUGAGUACACUGCAAUGAAGAAAAGGAAUAAAAAAACGAAGACAGCACUGAAUGUGGAUCCAUUGAGGGUUGUUGACGGAAAAUUACUUAUGACCUUUCACAAGUGGUUGCUUGGCACUAUUGGGAAUAAAUAUCCGAGGGAAUGCUUCUCAUGGACACAUGAUGCUGCUUGGUUCCUGAAACUGCAUACUCCGAGGACAUGGCUUUCUGACUCUGCUCGGUGGGACGCUUUUCCAGGUUCUGACUACUCUAGCUUUAGUUGGGAUGACAGUAUAUUGGACCUGGCUAGGGGUGAUGCAGUCCAGUUCUUACCGAGUUGGCAGAACAAGGAGUUCAUUUAUUUUGCCCUCUUCUUGAAAGACCAAUUGCAUUGGGUAGCUGUAGAGGCAGACCUGAAUGGGUGGAUGCUCAACAUCUUUGAUUCCAGUAUUGGAUCAAUUUCCGAAAACGAUUUGAUCAGCUUGAUGGUUGACUGGUGUACCAUUUUCCCGUCGGUCUUGCGACAGUCCGGUUUAUUUGAGAACCAUGAUGUUAUACUCGCGCCUCAGUUGACAGCAUCAGAGAGCUAG